ACCUGCAACGUCUUCUCAUCUUCCAAUGGGACUCUGGGAAGCCCCCUAGUUGAUCAAAGUAUGUUUGAGAACUCCACUGCCCAGCAGCAGAGUCCUCAGACCUCAAGGCCGGGCCAGCCCUCAACCCGACGCUCCGCAGCAUCAGCUAAUCAUAACCUGGGGUCCAGCUCUGUGGACUCUCCAUCAUCUGGUGGCCAACAGAGGCUUAAAAAUGCCAUUAAUCUGGGCAAGGCUGUCGGCGCAAAGGUCAAUGACUUGUUAAGAAGAAAGGAGCCCAGUCACCUCGGAGACAUCGGGGUCACUGAGGUCAACAAGAACGUUGAUUCUGUGUGGAGCUGUAUGGACCAACUCAAUCAGACCACUGCAAACAGUCACAUCUCCUCCUUUGACUCCUUCCCCCGGCUGGACCCACCACCCCCAUCGGGGAAGAAGCGCCUCCCGCGGGCCCUGAAGACCACACAGGACAUGAUGAUCUCCUCCGACCCCGUGGUCUCCUCUCCGGACCCUGCUGACUCUUCCUCCUUCCCCUCGUCUCCUGACAAGACGCCUCUCAUCGCCAAGGAGGAGCCGAGGAACAGCGAGGAGCAGCAGCAGGCCGUGAAGGAGGUCGAGGGAUCAGAAGAGCUCACAUUGCCUCCAGGCCCAGCAGAGAAGAAAUCUGCUGCUGAUUGUUGGGAGACGACAGGAAGCAACGGCAAAGUUGAUGAAGUGAUAGGUGAAGAAGAAGAUGUAGUGGAAAAUGGGAGCAAUGGAGGAGGUGAAGAGAAACAUCAGUCCCAGCUGCAGCUCUCUGUGCCAGACCUCAUCAACAAAGAUCCCCUGGAGCCCAGAGUUAAGCCCUCCGACGUGUGGCAGAAGGCACCGGGGCCGGACUCACGGCUGGCCUCCACCCGCUCGGGGAAAACUUCCUGCCGCAUCAGCCUGGGCGAGGAUAUCCUGCUGGGUAACGGCGCCCCCUACAGUAAAGGCACCGGAGUGAGCGCUGAUGACUCAGAGACCCACCCGGACCUGCUGUCGUUUGAGUAACGAGCAGAGUCAGAUACCAGUCCAGUAUGUCUCAAAAAGUUUGAAAGUUCUGCUCUUAAUUUCAACUGGAGAGGCUCGAGGGGUAAUUCAAACAGACUGAUGAUAAGUACUGUGGAUCAAAUAUUCACUGCCACUUUAAAUAUUUAACUCUCCCCGCUCCAGGGUUUGCCUUAGGAAAAGGGAACAAGGGCUUCCGGGAAUCAGAGCAGGGGCCGGAUCUGUUUCUUUUUUAACACUUGAGCAUCUUUUUAGAUGUGUGGAGGAGUUCAAAUGUCAAAUGAAGUGAGUUAACUCUGACCUCGUUAUGGUGCAGUGAGAUUUAAAAUAUUAACAUUUCAACCAUGAAACACACGACUAUUAAGAAAUAUUAUUUUAUCAGCAUAGUGUAUUGAUCAUGUUUUAGCUCUUCUAAGAUUUUAUAACAUGUCAUGUCUGCUUUAUGAAUGCAAUAAUACCAGAUAAUUUAAUAACGAAUGUAAUCAAUGUCAUGAAAUAUCCCUCUAAAUGGGCAAAAAAACUUUAAAAUCUUUGUUUCAUGUCCCACUGUUUGUCCAUAUCAUACAAAAGCUGCUAAAAUGCAACCAAUUACAAACUACAACCAAUACGUGUUAUAUAGAAAUGUAAUUUGCUUUCGACAUAAUUACAAUACUAAGUUUUAGCAGAAUUUUCAUCAGUGUAAUAGUAUUUCCAGUAUGGACAGUUUCUUGAAUUGAAGGAAACGAGAGGGAGAGGCUGAAGGGAAUGUGGACGUGUCAGAGAUGGACUGGUUUUUGGGGUAGUUCACUUUCAGUUCAGUCGGUACAAAAUAUCCUGCAGUGUUUGUCAGGACUGGAAGCCUUUUGACCCGUAGCUUCAUUCAUAUUAAAUCAUUCCUGACCCCCUUUUGGUCCAGUAGGAUUUUAAGAUCUUGUCCUUUCCUACAUUGGUGUGUGUGCCAGUACAUACAGAUACUAAUUCUAAAAAUAAUUGUAAUUUUUGGGGCAAAAAUCUAUCAUAAUCACAAAUAUUAAAGCUUUACCUAUUAAUCCCAGAUAGUGUAAAUUCGCAACAGUAAAAAUGGGUUCAUCUUUAAUCUUUGAUUAAGCAAAUAUUAGUAGAAACUAAACUGAGCAAUCAGACUCAGGUGAUUUAGCCAGAAUGGCUUCCAGUCUUUCUUUCUGCUGACAAAAAUUGUGUUCUGAGCUGGCUAAACUUAAAGUAGAUUCUUUUUUCUCCCCCAAAAAACCUAACAGAGAGUCGGGAUGAAAGGAUGGAUGGGCGCACAGGCGACAUAUGGAGGGUGGGCUGGUGAAAAGUUGUUUUUGAGCAAAAGACCGAGAAGAUAAUGAGCUGUCAACAGAGAGAGAUGAAAGCCGGAAAUUCUAUUCUAGCAGAAUCAUUAAACGCCAGACCAAAGACAUGAAUUAGCAGCUCUGUCAGGAAGUGUUUGUUUUUUUGUCAUAUUGUUACUUUGUGAAAAGAGAAGCAAUAACUCAUACAGAAGAUAUGAUUAUUUCUCUUUUAUUUUCACUUCAUCUUUUAAGGAAAAAGUUAAAACCAAAGUCAAAGCAUUUUAAACAAUUUAAAAGCAAUUCACAUGCUUGUUUAAGAUCUCCGGACUUUCCUGACUCAGUCAGAUGUGUUUUGCUUCUCAAAGGUGAGCCGACAUUAACAGGAAAUAACGUGUUAAUGUCAUCAGUGUGUCAUUGAAGGAUCUGGCUGCAAUGGUUAUUUUUAGCACAAUCAAAGUGGAAAUCUUUAUUUUUAUAACACUAUUAUCAGAGCAUCUGACACACAUGGAAAGCAAGCUUACAGAUGUCAAAACCAGACCCUAAAAAUAAUCAGAUUUUCUGAGAGAUCCCCAAGUGGGUCCUUGCAGGGAUUUCCUAACUUCAAAAAAGGGCAAAAAAUUCCCAGAAGACCCUGAGACGGACACAGAGCCAGCUGUAGUUGCGGUUAGGUCGUGCCCAGCAGAAUGAGAGGAAUGUGGAGCUGCUCUGUAAGAGAAAGGAAGCUUUGUCUCUCUCAGUCUGUUUCCUGUCUCUCUGACUUUGUCUUACAUACUGCAAAUGUCCCCAUUUAUUUUAAAGCAGAGGCAAAACAGCUGGAAAACACAGGACAAACCAAAUUACAAAAAAAUAUUUUUCCCAAAUUGUUGUAUCAAGCGAUCCUCAGACCUUUCUGUGGACAGUUUUACUUUGUAUUUCUAUUUUCAACUUUAUGUUGUUAAUUGAAUUUAGAUGCAGGCAGGUCUGUGGAUUGUUUGUGGAAACACA